AUGUAAUAGGACGCUGAAAUUAUUCAACAAGGAACAAUGACUAUAACAAAAAAAUCUUCGAAAGUGACACCAAUGGAAGUUAAACCAGCAAAACAAAAUAACAUUUUCACUGAAACCAAAGAUAUCACCAGUAAAAUAAAAUUUAUCGUAAUCUGUCAGAUGAUUUUUGGAGUCAAUCGUUCUUAUUUGAUAAAAUGCGGGAGAUUUGUGAUUUGGGCAACGAACGCCCAUAGCUUUGUGUUGAUGGCUUUGACCGCUGUCUUUAUAAUAAACUACAGGAACGAUAGUGCUUCAUUUCUUGUCAUUUAUGAUACCUCCUGUGUUGAGUUUAUUCUCCUGGUAUUCAAUUCAAUUGUGUUUCAGAAGAAAACUUUCGAAUACUUUAUUGCAAACUUGAAUACGUUCGAUGACAUACUAAAUAUCAAAAAAGAUUUGAAUAUUACGUCCCCGCGAAUAAGAAGCAUGUUAUGGAUGAUCACAAGCCUGACGUACAGUUUGAUUGAAUACAGUUUAUUCUACUUCUAUCGUUGCACUGAUCAUAUUCUCAUAAUAUCAUACAUAACAAUGAUUGCCCAUGAUGGCGAGCAGGUGUUGUUCUGUAGUUUGCUUAGAAUGAUUCUGAUCAGAGUGCGCGUCAUGAAAGCGCAUGUGACGAAAAAGUUUGGCGGAAAAGAAAUCACCGAAUCGAACCAAGUGGACGCAUUAGCAAACAAUACCCAACUGGAUACAAUUUCAUUGCACAGAACAUACGAGUUGUUGCACAAAUGUGCCGAGCAACUCAACUCCAUCAUGAGUUUUCCGAUGGUGAUUUCAUUGUUUUGUUCCGGAUUGUCAACUACGAUGUUGCUGAAGAGUUUAUUCAAAGCUCUGCAAACAGAUAACUCUGAUCCAGCUCUGAAACAAUUGAUAAUAAUAUACACAUCUCUAAGGUGUUUUAAGUACACCUUAUUAGUAGUCGUUCCUUGUUGCUACUCCAGUGUGACUACAACACAGGUAUCGCAUAUAAGAACUAUGCUUCAUGACGCCGCUAACAGUGGACAACUUGAUAAAAUUGAGAAAAGAAGAGUUAAGGCAUUCUUCCAGUUGACUAGAGAGAAUGAGUUCGCAUACGCACUCUGGGGGGUGAUCAGACUCAACAUGUCUCUGCCUCUUAGCUACUCCAGCCUUUGUACCACUUAUCUUGUUAUCAUCAUACAGUUCUCAAAAUUCAUUGACUAAAUCAAAUUGGUUUGCAAAAUUUUGGUGAAGUUUAUAAUAAUGUAGAGCAUAAUAUAUUUACC